AACUAUUAUGUAUUCAUGGUAGCGCAGACUUACUUGACCUUCCCAAUUUCAAACCUGAUGCCACACCUUACUGCCAUGUCUGCAGUGCUUAAAACAGACCAACAGCUUUUUGAUUGUUUUCAGUGGGAAAACAUGCAAAUAUAAUCAAAACAGAAGACUCAAGAUGGAGAGAGAGGGGAAGAUUGUGGAAUAACGUUCAAAUAUUGCAUGAACAUGACUGUUCUUUCAUCACACUCUGUCAGUGAAUGCACUGGAAACUCCAUGUGGAAAGGCCAAGGACACUUCAAGGCUUCCUGUUAGAUUGGCUCACUCUUCUUACAUUUACAGGUCCAGAAAGCAACCUGGAAACCAAAUUGUCCUUCCAGACUCUUGAGUGAUAGGAGACCUUAGCAUCAGCCAACGAAUCGAUGCCUUUGGAGACUCCAGCUGUCUUUCUGCUGCUGUCCAGAAGUUCUCCCAGUCAUUGCAGGAGUUCCAGUUUGAGUGCAUAGGUGAUGCUGAGACAGACGACGAGGUCAACAUUGAUUCAGAAUGCAGAUGAUGUCUUGAUUACUCCCUUGGAAAAAUUUCGGAAAGAGCAAAUUGGAGCAGCGAAGGAGGUAAAAAAGAAAUUUGAUAAGGAGACGGAAAAAUACUACUCCACACUUGAGAGACAUCUCAACCUGUCAUCUAAAAAGAAAGAGGCCUAUCUGCAGGAGGCUGACACGCAGAUUGAUAAGGAGAGACAGCUCUUUUAUGACACAUCCCUUGAGUAUGUUUUCAAAAUUCAGGAAGUGCAAGAAAAGAAAAAAUUUGAGUUUGUUGAGCCGCUCUUGGCCUUUCUUCAGGGUUUGUUUACAUUUUACCAUGAAGGAUAUGAGUUGGCUCAUGAAUUUGAGCCAUACAAACAGCAGCUCCAGUUCAACCUACAGAAUACAAGAAACAACUUUGUGAGCACCAAGCAGGAAGUGGAGAAGCUGAUGAACAGGAUAAGGUCUGCAGAUCAGGACUACAAACCCCCCGGCCAGUGGACGAUGGAAGGCUUCUUGUAUGUCCAGGAGAAGCGUCCUCUGGGAAGCGCGUGGACGCGUCACUACUGCACGUAUGACAAAGGAAGCAAGACCUUCACCAUGAGCAACACGGAAAACAAGUCAGCUGGGAAACAGAAUGGCUUCGUCUUGAAUCAGCCAGAGACUUUCAAGCUCAAGUCCUGCAUUCGGAGGAAAACAGACUCCAUCGACAAGCGCUUCUGCUUUGAUAUCGAAGUGGUGGAGAGAAAUGACACCUGUCGAGGAACUCUUUUCAGACCACUUCAGUUUUUCUGUAAAGUCCGGCAUGGCGUAAUGACACUGCAGGCGCUGUCAGAGUCCAACAGAAGACUGUGGCUGGAGGCCAUGGAUGGCAAGGAGCCGAUUUACAACCUGCCAGCCAUACUAAGCAAAAAAGAGGAAACGUAUCUUAACGAGGCAGGUUUUAACUUCGUGAGGAAAUGUGUUGACCUGGUCGAGACGAGAGGCAUCCAUACAUUGGGGCUGUAUAGAAUUGGAGGGGUAAACUCCAAAGUACAGAGGCUGAUGAGCACAGUCUUUUCUUCCAAAGCACCUGUGGAUAUGGAGCUGGAUCCUGAGAUGUGGGACAACAAAACCAUCACCAGUGGUCUGAAGAAUUACCUCAGGUGCCUCUCUGAGCCUCUCAUGACUUUCAAGCUGCACAAAGAUUUCAUCAUGGCUGUCAAGUCUGAUGAUCAAAACUACAGAGUGUGUGCUGUUCAUGCUUUGGUUCAUAAGCUACCUGAGAGGAACAGGGAAAUGCUGGAGUUACUAAUAAAACACCUUGUCAUAGUUUCUGCACAAAACCAGUCCAACUUGAUGACGGUGUCUAAUCUGGGUGUUAUCUUCGGGCCGACGUUGAUGCGGUCGCAGGAGGAGACGGUGGCUGCUAUGAUGAACAUAAAGUUUCAGAAUAUUGUGGUGGAAAUAUUGAUUGAGAACUUCAACAAGAUCUUUCAGCAGCCUCCGGAUUCCAACGUGCCUCUACCACUGCCGCAGAGCCGGACCAUCUCCCGCAGGAGCAGAGCCAUCUGUCUGUCCAAGGGGCCCCGCAAGUCGCGCAGUCUUUACACCCCAACACUGUGCCUGGCAGAUGCAGAAAGUCCCUGCACAGGUGACACCUUGAGCAGCAGUCCAAGCAGCACCCCUAUGGGCAGCAUGGAGUCUCUGUCAUCCCACUCCUCAGAGCAAAACACCUCCUCCAAAACCUCUUCCUCUGGAGCAGGAAGAUGCCUCGGCAGGUCGGACCUCCUGCGCCAGACACCGUCGCAGCUCUCGAAUGGCCCCAGUAGCGCGGCGUGCGUCAGCAGCCCCGAGUCCAGCUCCAGGGAGGAGGGUGGUCGAACAGAUGGGGAGUCUGAGGACACUUUCAGCCUGUCCUCAGUCAGCACAACACCUCGACUUUCUCCCGCACCCAAAAAAGCCCCCCACUGCCGCCCCGACCUUAAGCCGGCGCUGCCGAGUCGCUCCGUUUCACCCUCACUGAAAUCACUGCCAGGAUCUGACGGUCAGCGGAGCUGUUCUGGUUCUGUCCAAAGUUUAUCAACACUGGAGACCAAAGAGAGCUUAAAGCCUGGUGAUCACCCCAACCUUCCACUGAAGCAAGUGAUCCGCCGCAGGAUAGACGCAUCGGUGAACAACGGCUACCAGAGGCCAGGCUCAGUGGUUGCUGCCAGAGCGCUCCUUUUUGAAAAUCCCUCUUCUUCACAAUCUGUCCCUAUAGGAAGAAAUGCCAAGGCCAUGUAUUCCUGUGAGGCAGAGCACAGCAAUGAGCUCAGCUUUCCUCAGGGGGCGCACUUCUCAAAUGUCUACCCCUCCGUCGAACCAGGCUGGCUCCAAGCAACAUACGAGGGCAAAACAGGUUUAAUCCCAGAGAAUUAUGUUGUUUACCUGUAAAAGAAGCUAACCCUGCCAUAUUUUUAUGAUAGCAAUGGAAAAAGAACUCUGUGCUCACUGUUAAGUUCCCAAUAUCCAGUUCCCUGACAGAGAAUGAUAUACACUCAUCAUCUGACAUGAAUCUCUUAUUAAUUUUGUAUUUGGAGUGACAUAUUUGAAUCGUUUUUUGGGGGGUUUUCCAGAGUGAAAUGGUAAUGCAAUAUUGGGGAAAUUAAGAUGUGUUUGGACAGGUUAAGAAAAAAGACAUUUUACCUUUGCCUUCAAACUCAUAAAGCAAAACCUGUAAAAUUCAAGGCAACAGUAAAAUAUCUUUUUACUUAGAUUGUCCCAGAUUCCUCAAUAUGUCCCAAUAAACUUAAAGCCAUCCUACUACUUUGAUUAAUUUUGAAAACAAGAACUGAGUGCCCAAGUUUGGCUUUAUUGUGGACUUUCUUUAAUAAAUACAGUCAAAGUUAUACAUAUUGAAUAUGCAUAUUCAAUAUAUAUAACUCAAAGUCAAACUGGACUUUGAUCAGUUCCUGGUCAAAGUCAAACUGGACUUUGAUCAGUUCCUGGUCAAAGUCCAGGUACUGAAUAUUAGCACUCUUCAUUCAUUCCCAUUCAAGCAUUUAAAGAGUAAAAUUUGCAGAUGCUUACACAGAAAAGCCAAAUGCCUUCAGAAGAAAUGUCUCAUGAUCAGCUGCAGCAAAGACUGAGCUCCUUAUCUGCUAUGGCAGGAACAAUUGGAGGAGUUGGAGUGAGACUGGAUUUAUGACAGGUCAUUUAAAGCCAGAAUAAGUCUUACAUGUAACCAUCUCAAUUUAAGACCUUAAAAAUCCUUAUAUGUGCCCAGAUUUUUAAUGUGAGGUUCUAAAUUAUAUCUAGUUUAAAUUGUAGCUCUUUUUUUAUUGUACUUCUCCUUUUUGAGACAUGUAAGGGAGGCAUUAGGCAAACAUUAAGCUUUUUUAGGAGUCAUCCCAAGAAAACCAAAUUAAAACAACACAGAAGGAGUGCACUGCAAAUCCACCUCCAAUAUUUAAUUUGAACUAUUUUAUUGUUCUAAUGAUAAUGUUUCAGACAUGUUUUGGUUCAUGACUUUUUUUUUUUUUUUUUAAGCUUACUUCAAUUUAAAACUCAAAAUUAUUAAGACGUUCAUGCAGAUGUGGCUAAACUUUUGACUAUUGUUUGCCAACAUUAUUUGCAUUUAUAGCAGAUAUUAUUGUCAAGGCUUUCCCAAACUAAUGACCAAUUCUAUACCUCCCUUUAUGACAUUUUGAUGCAUUUGUUUGCUCCACAGAGCAAUUCAGCUUGGCAUUAAAGUCAGAUGUAAAAAUAAUACAAAAUGACGGCACUGAUUUCUAGUAUUAGCCUACAGAAUCACAGAGCAAUCCAUUUCUCUUUUAAUUAUUUUAUUCUCAGAAAUGUAUCCUAUAUGAACCCAUUUCACCACACUUCAUCACAAAUCUGUCACAAACAUUUUGAUUGAUCAAGCUGUGAUUUCAAAUAAAAUAAUCUAUUCUGUUAGAAUAUAGUAGAGAAAGCAAUAAUGGUUUUGCACCUUAGUAUCUCUGGACUAUUGUUUACCCACUGAAACUGUUCCUGGCUGUUGCCUCGUCAGUUAUAUGCUACUGUACAACACCUGCUCAUGUUUUUUUUUCUUUAAGAUUAUAUUAAAUAUUUACUUCUUGUAACUGUCUGUUACUGAAUAUUGGCACAUCAAAUAUAUGUUGUAUGUAAAAGUUAUUUCAUCAAAUGUAUAUUGUGUGGUCAGUGGUACACUGGUGUACAAGUAACGACAACUACACAAGUAUGACAUUAUCAGUGAAAGAAGACAUUUAAUACAUAUUUACUCUUGUCAACAUUCCCACACUAAAAAUCAAAAAUUGUCUACAAAGUUAAAGUUAGUGAUACAGUUUCAGAAAAACCCCCAAAGAAAAACACAAUUAUUUUUUCAAACUUUAAAAAAAAAAAAAAAAACAAACAAAAACACCCGGCAAAGUUAAACUUUCUCUCGUUUCCCAAAAUGUAUUUGGGAGAAUAUUUGACAUUUAGCUCCUGCCAGGAUCAGGCUGUUCUUUUCCAUUUACGGUACACUUCAAAGAAUGCGAGGUGGCCUUGAACACUUGAUGCUGAACUACUACUCCCUUACAGUAAAUGAAUUUGUUAGGGCAUGUCAGGGAAAUGAUACUCAUUUCCUGAAUAUGUCAAAAUUGGCAUACUUUUUCACACAGUUAUUAGGAUUUCUUGCAAACAUUCAAUUUAUCCUAAAUAAAUAGGUGAGCAAAUACAAAGUGAAUGAUCAAACCAUCUGUCCAGGUACAUGUGGUUUAUAUUUCACUGAAGGAUAAACAAGUAGAGUGUUGCAAGUAUUUGCCCCUCACAAAUUUCUUCUCUUUUUUGCCUUUUUGUCACUCAUAAAAGUUUGACGUCAGAUAAAGAUAACCGUAAAUAAAAUAUAAUAAUUUUUUUAAUUAAGAAAAAAAAAUAAUAAUCAGUCCCAUACCAACUGAUUAUGUAACUUGUAAUAAGACUGCCAUCAAGCAUCAGGUAAUUCUUUUUUAUUGCUUUGGAGCAUUAUGACCCCCUUCUUUGCAGAACUGUCUUAGUUUGAAGACUUUCAGUGUUUUCUGCUAUAGAGCAGAUUAUUUGUGAUUUCUUUAAUCAAGUUAAGCCACCAAGUCCUGAGCCAGAGAGUAGUGUGAAAUCUUUAGCUCCUGAUCAUCACACUACCACCAACAUGUUUGGCCGGUGGAGGCAUUGCCUGUUUUCACAUAGGAGUAUAUAAGUCUUUAUCUUUUUCCCCUUAAAACCAAUGAGAUUGUUAUAAAAUACAGCUUUUUAAUGUUUUUCCAGGUUGACCUGAAAUUACAUUAAUAUUUGUUUGAUAAUCUGAAGCUUUUACGUCUGGAAAAUAAAGCAAAAACAGAGGAAUCUAUGAGGAGAAAAUAAAUUUUCAUUGCAGGAAUAUUUAAACUGAGAUCUACAUGUUGGAUAGAUAACCUAAACCUGUUCAACCACCAAAAUCUAAAUGCUGUGUUAACAUGGGAUUAUGUGUCAAGGUUUGAUUGAUUAGUUACAUUUUUAAUGUGAAAAGAUUUGAUGAAACAUUUUUGACUAAUCUUACUUUUUUAUGAACUUCACUGGCUUGAAUAAACUAUAAAUAUUCUUCAUUCUUUAAAUGAUAAAUAUGAUUAAUUGUUCUCUGUUCUGAAAAUAAAAAUGGCUGGUAUUUGUGCACAUACGCAAGUUGUUUUAGUUUUAUUUUGGUGUGUAAAUAUUUAACAAUGGGUAAGAUCUCUCCAGUUUUCUCUGCCUGCCCAAUUUGAAUUUGCACGUCCAUAAGCUAUGCAGUUGUUCUGCACAGAGAAGGCAAAAUUUUGUUCCAUUUUUUGCAGCUUCAGUACAAAAAUAUUAGUAUUUCAGAUGUUUCUUUUUUUUAAUCUAGAGUGUUGACGUCAUUUGGAUAAAACUGUACACAAGUGGCAGAAUGGAAAAUGUUUGAUACACAAGAAUACACAAAAGAUUUAAUGACGGAUGCUUUACAGGACCUAACGCAAUUAUUGUCACCUUGGUGGAGAUGUGUAAAAAUCUAUAAAACUUAUCUAUUGUAGCACUAAACUCUCACACAUAUUUUAGUUUUUUGGAAAUCUAUCAUUUAAUUUGAGCACAUUGAUUAAAUUAAUUUUAAAAAUCUUAAUACAUCAUUUUAAUGCAUUAAAAGGAUGUGUUUUGCAUCAUUUUUAAAAUGAAGUAGAUUAAAAUACACCAUUUUCAUUUAAAAUGAUGUAUUCAUGUUUUAAUUUUUUAAAUAUUUUUAAGAUGGUUAUAAUGUCUGGGUUUUUUGAUUAGCUUUGAGGCCCACCUGUGUUCUUGGGAUCUAAAUAUGAAAUGACAAAUAGGUCUAUUUUUUAUGGUUGCUCUCCAAAUUUGAAAGACAAGAGAACAGAUGAAGUAAAACAAAUGCUUGUUGAUCAAUAUAUUG